GCGGGCGGGGGCCGGGCGCGGCGGGGGGAAGUUUCUCCGCGGGACCGCCUGGGGUGGCGGGAGGAGGCAGCCGCCGACUUCCUCCUCCUCCUCCUCCUCCUCCUCCUCCUGCUCCUGCUGUCCCGGCCCCGCGCCCGCCGCCGCCGCGCCAUGCCCCGGGGCUGCUGAAGGGGACGCGAGGGACGCCGAGCCGCAGGGAUGCAGAGCAUCAAGUGCGUGGUGGUAGGCGACGGGGCGGUGGGGAAGACCUGCCUGCUGAUCUGCUACACCACCAACGCCUUCCCCAAGGAGUACAUCCCCACCGUCUUUGACAACUACAGCGCCCAGAACACGGUGGAUGGCAGGACUAUUAACUUAAACCUGUGGGACACAGCCGGCCAGGAAGAGUACGACCGCCUUCGGACGCUUUCCUACCCCCAGACCAACGUCUUCAUCAUCUGCUUCUCCAUUGCCAGCCCGCCCUCCUACGAGAACGUCAAGCACAAGUGGUACCCGGAGGUGUGCCACCACUGCCCCAGCGUGCCCAUCCUCCUCGUCGGCACCAAGAAGGAUCUGAGAAACAACCCCGAGACCAUGAAGCGGCUCAAGGAGCAGAACCAGGCGCCCAUCACCACCCAGCAAGGCAUCAGCCUCUCCAAGCAGAUCCGUGCUGUCAAGUACCUGGAGUGCUCGGCGCUCAACCAGGAAGGCAUCAAGGAUGUCUUCACUGAGGCGGUGCGGGCCGUGCUCAACCCCGUCCCGGCCAAGCCCAAGAAGCCCUGCGUCCUCUUGUGACGGGGCUGCGGGCCACCAGCGAGAGACGAUCCUGCCCCUGCCCCGGCCCCGCUGCCCCGCCAAGACACUGCCCGGCACUGCCAGAACCCCCCCCCCCACGUCCCCGUGCCUUGCUGCCCCCUCCCGGGACGGUGGGACCGGGGCCACCAGCCCGAAGCCGCCAGCUUUAAUAAUACAGACCUCGUUUGCACUAACUGGCUGUCCGCCUCGCGGGCAGCGGGGCUCCCCCAGCCCCGCGGGACCCCCACCCUGGCCCUGGCUGUCAGCGUUUGCUUUUGGGUGACUCCUCUCCGGUCCCAGCACAGAGCGACGCUUCCUGAGAAGGGGAUGCCCGGGGUGGCCAAAUGCCCCCCUCCUGCCCUGAGCCCUGCACAGGGACCUGCCACCCCUGCCCCGAGCACCCCAUGGGGACCUGCCACCCCCGUCCCCUGCACCAGCGGGGCUGCAGGGGAAGGUCCUCAGCCCCUCUGUGCCAGCCCCGGCACUUGGCCAUCUCCGAGCAUCCCGCUGCCCCGGCGCUGGUGUGGCCCCGUCCUGCCGCGAGGUGCCGGCGGCUGCACCAGGGAUCUUCUGGGGGGUGUUUGGGGUGAGCCCAGCCCCGCGCAGCAUCGCCGUCUCCCUGGGGCCAGCGCCGGGGAAGUCCAGCCCUGGUGGGAGCGGAGCCAGCGCUGCCGGUGGACUCUGCCAGAGGAGCGUGGUCCUGCGCCAGCUGGUGCCGGGGCUCCGCAGGGCGGCGGGACUUGCCUUUCACCAGCCGCUCCCCGAGUUGCUUCUCCUUAAAUAAAAAGAGACCUGCCCAAGCUCCCCGUCUCCUGUGCUCUCCUGCGCGUGCCCACCGUCCCCGGGCACGGGGACACCCCUGCAGCCACCCCGGGGGACACGGGU